AUGUCCGUACCUGAGGACGAGUCUCUAUCUGAUGCAAUAGAAAGAACGUCAGAGAACGAUGUAGAAGUACAAGUGCACAAUGGUACGAGGCACGCAUUCUUUAGGGAAAUGGACGUAGGGGCUACUCUGGGGGGCGCUGGAUCUCGCCGAGUAUUUGGCGGAACAUCCAGUGAACUUAAAGAGUUCCCCACAGUGAGUGCGCUCUUAGACCGAUACUUGACGGUGCGAUGCACCGCGACCAUCUUGAACAAGCAUUGGGUUCUGACCGCAGCACAUUGCGUUACGCCGAGGCUAGCCUAUAAAGUUAAACAGGAGGAUAUUGGACGAGGCUUGGACGUACAAACAUUGCAUCACGACGUGGGUCUGGUUCGAACUAAGGACGAGAUAAAACUACCUGCUCUGAAGUUGGGACUUUCAGCGUGGCGGAGAAAUAACGCCCUCGAUUUAUAUAAUAAAGAUAUAAAGGUUUUCGGUUUUGGCCGCACUGAGCGAUCAGUGCUGGGCGAAGAACUGUUCUCCGUGGACCUCACGCUGGUGCCUUGUGAGCAGUCUGACUGGCUCUACUGCGUGUGCGGCGUCGCUAAGAGCGACUCCCCUCGCGGAGUCUGCUCCGGAGACUCCGGAGGACCAAUCCUAUAUGAAGGUCAACCGGUGGGUGUAACAUCGAUGGGGCCGACGGUGUGCGCGCAUGGCAGCAAAACUCCCCCCGUGGGGUCGACAAGUGUUUUCACUUCACUCUACCAAUAUUCUGAUAUCAUUAACGCUACGAUUGAAGACACCGAGUCAGCGAUGCGUAUGCGCAUUAUAUCUCAAGCGACGAUUUUUUCGCCUUAUCAAAUAUUGCUCACUGUGUCCCUCAUACUUCCUGCGCGG